AUGGCAGGGGAGAUUGGAGUUUGCAGCAUGGCAAAGGUGUUUGAUGCCUUCUUCGUUAAGCUCUGGUGGAACUUUCGACAGAAGAAGUCUCUAUGGGCGGAAUGUCUACAUGCUAAAUAUUGCAAGGGGGUCCAUCCUUGCCUGGCAGAAGAGGGUGCGGCACAGUCUCACAUCUGGCGGAGGUUGUGUUCGGUCCAGCGCUUAGCGGAGGAGCACAUUAGCUGGAUUCUAUGGGAGGGUUCAAUGGACUUCUGGCAUGACAAUUGGUUGGGUUUAGGUGCUUUAUACCAGGAGGUGGAGAUUUUUCAGGAGCACAGGGUUCUGAGACAAGGACGAAUUGAGCGCGUGGCGAAGAUUCCUUCCCCCUCUCCUUGGAGCUCUGAUAGGAUGGUGUGGGCCUUAGCAUCUGAUGGAGCUUUUUCGGUAUCCUCGGCUUAUUCACUUGUUGAGCAGGAGGACAACUGCUUGUGGGUGUUCUCGCAGGUUUGGCUCGAAGGUUGCCCAAUCAAGAUAUCCUUCUUAAUGUUAAGACUGUUGCGGCUCUGCAUUCCCCUGAUAGGUCUCCUUCGACAUGUUGGGGUACAAGGCCCCUCGAAGUGUCAUUGUUGCGCUGAGCCAGAAGAGGAGGAGGUUAAUCACAUUUUUUGUACCGGGGAACUAGCCCAGGCAGUUUGGGGUAUAUUCCAGUGUAGCUCAGGGGAGCCUGUGGUGUCCUCAUUUAGACAUAUGGCGAUCAGGUGGUGGCUGCAGCGGGGGCAAAAUAAGUAUGUUAAGUUCGUUUAUCGCCUCCCACCGAUGCUGGUCUGUUGGGAGUUAUGGAAAGUAAGAAAUAGGGCAGUUUUCGAUGGGAGAAAGAUGGGGUGUACGGAGGUGGUGGACCAAGUACUUCAACAGAUCCAGGUGGCCCCUGUGGCAGGGUUUAAGCUGAACUCAGAUGGCUGUGCUAGGGGAAACCCAGGGACAAGCGGGGACUGGGGCGUGGUUCGGGACUGCAAAGGGCAGGUCGUCCUUGGCUACUUAUGUUUCUUCGGUUCUUUGACGAGUUUACAUGCGGAACUUGAGGCCAUGCUUUUUGGAGUCAGGUUAUGUGUCACUCGGGGCUUGUAG